CCGACACAUUUGAUGAAUGAUGGAUAAAUUGAAUAUUUUAAGAAUUUAAAUAAUUUUUAUUUAAACUGCUCUAACAAUCUGAAAAAUUUAAAUUUACUAUUUUUGUAAGUAAAUAGUUCUUUCGUAAUAAAUACAAAUUCAUAAAUUUACACAAAAUCAUUCUCAAAAUGUCAUCGCGGAUCACAUUGAGACGUUUGCCUCAAUUAUUGAGGUUAUUGGAAAAUAGUACUGGAAAAGCUCAAUAUUUAUCAAAUAUAAAAUAUAUAACACCACCAAUAAGCGGUAGACUAAGACACGUGAGAUGCUUGAGUACAAAGUUAUCACAACAAUGCGAGGAAGUCGAAAAGCGUGAAUUUCAAGCAGAAACCAAAAUGUUAUUGGAUAUUGUAGCAAGAUCUUUGUAUUCAGAACGAGAAGUGUUUAUACGCGAAUUAAUAUCAAAUGCUAGCGAUGCUUUAGAGAAGUUUCGAUAUAAAGUUUUAAGCGGAGAAAUACAAGAACAGGAUAGAAAAUUAGAAAUUCGAAUUAGUACUGAUAAAGCAAAUCGAUUGUUGAUUAUACAGGACACUGGUAUUGGUAUGACAAAAGAUGAGUUGAUUGCUAAUUUAGGUACAAUUGCAAAAUCAGGAUCUAAAGCAUUUUUGGAAGAAUUAAAAAAUAAAGGAGCAAAAAGUGAUCAAUCUAAUAAUAUCAUUGGCCAAUUUGGUGUAGGAUUUUACAGUGCAUUUAUGGUGUCUGAUAAAGUUGAAGUAUUUACAAGAGCUGUAGGAGGUGAAGGAUAUCUAUGGACAAGUGACGGAACUGGAUCAUAUGAAAUUAAACAAGCAAAAGAUGUUGAAUUUGGUACAAAAAUUGUAUUACACUUAAAAUCAAACUGUCGCGAAUAUUCUGAAGAGUAUGCUGUAAAAAAAGUUAUUGAAAAAUAUAGUAAUUUUGUUGGUAGUCCAAUAUUACUUAAUAAUGUUCGAGCAAAUACUAUCGAGCCUUUAUGGAUGAAAAACCCUAAAGAAGUAACAGAAACACAACAUGGUGAAUUUUAUCGAUAUAUUGGAAAUUCUUUUGAUAAUCCACGCUAUGUUAUACAUUAUUCAACAGAUGUACCCCUAUCAAUAAAAGCUCUGUUGUAUAUUUCAGAGAGUAAACCACCUGUAUUUGAAAUGUCCCGUGACACAGAUCCUGGCGUUGCAUUAUACACACGAAAAAUUUUAAUAAAGUCUAAAGCAAGAAGUGUAUUGCCUGUAUAUUUACGGUUUCUUAAAGGUGUCGUUGAUUGUGAAGAUAUUCCAUUAAAUUUAAGUCGCGAAUUGUUACAAAAUAGUCGUUUAAUUGCGAAUUUACGAAAAACACUCACAACAAAAGUGUUAAGAUUUUUACAAGAUCAAAUGAAUAAAGACCCAGAAAAAUAUAAUAAAUUUUAUUUAGGCUUUAAUCCAUUUUUAAAGGAAGGCAUUGUUACAACAGACGAUCCUAAAGAAAGAGAAGAUGUAGCGGCACUUUUACGAUAUGAAUCAUCUAAAACAGAAGCUGGAAAAACUAUAAGUUUAAUGGAUUAUAUUAAAAGUAUGAAAGAAAAUCAAAAAGAUAUAUUUUACAUAGCAGCACCAAGUCGAGAAUUAGCACAGUCUUCUCCAUACUAUGAAUCACUUAAAGCCAAAGAUAUGAAUGUACUAUUUUGCUACGACCCGUAUGAUGAAUUAGUUUUAAUGCAAUUACGAACAUAUAAAGAUAAAACCAUUAAAUCAGUUGAAACCGAAUUACGACAGGAUACAUCGGCUACAAAUAUUGCUGACUUAGGUGAAAAUUGUUUACGUCGAUCACAAAUUGAAGAACUAUCAAAAUGGUUAAAAACGACUUUAGAGGGCCGUAUACAUGAUAUAAGAGCUGUCGGUAAUUUAGAUUCACAUCCUUGUGUUGUCACUGUUGAAGAAAUGGCUGCAGCUAGACACUUUUUACGUACAAGUGGGCUACAUUUACCAUUAAAUGAUCAGUAUGCAAUAUUGAAACCACAAUUAGAUAUUAAUCCGAAAAAUCCACUAAUUCGUAAAUUGUACGAACUCAUGACAAAAGAUCAAAAAUUAGCCAAAUUAUUAGCAAAUCAAUUAUUCGUAAAUUCAAUGAUAUCCGCUGGACUUGUACAAAAUCCACAGGUUGUUGUGUCAUCUAUCAAUGAAUUAUUGGAGAAAGCUUUAGAGAAAGUGUAAUAGAAUAUACUAACAAAAGGUGUUAACACUUUAUAUGAUAUUGUGUUACUUGUUCCGUAUUAUUCCAAAAUGUUGUUUUAAUUUU